GCGGCUGGGUCCGGUGUGGCGGGAUUCGCGCGUGCUCACCCAGGGUGAAGGACUGACCUCGGCUUUCCUACCUAAAGCACUCAGUCAUGUAGCAGGAGUUGUUAAAACACCGCAUUCUUGGAAGUGCCAACAAACCUGGAAGAAAGACUUUGUCUUGGAGCUAACUCCUGAGCAUUUUGAGAUCAUUCAUCAUGAAGUAUGUAGUACAGGAAUGGCUCAGAGUAACUACCUUGCUAUUCAUAGCUCAAGCAGUUUCUGCAAUGGUUCUUCCCAAUGCCACGCUCUUAGAGGAACUUUUGGAAAAGUACAUGGAUGAAGAUGGUGAGUGGUGGAUCGCCAAGCAGAGAGGGAAAAGGGCUAUCACAGACAGUGAUAUGCAGAGUAUCUUGGAUCUUCAUAAUAAAUUACGGGGUCAGGUGUAUCCACCAGCUUCCAAUAUGGAAUAUAUGACAUGGGAUACAGAGCUGGAGAGAUCUGCAGAGUCAUGGGCUGAAGCCUGUCUCUGGGAACAUGGACCAGCAAGCCUUCUUCCAUCAAUUGGACAGAAUCUGGGGGCACACUGGGGAAGGUACAGACCUCCAACAUUUCAUGUCCAAGCAUGGUAUGAUGAAGUGAGAGAUUUCACAUAUCCUCAUCCUCAUGAAUGCAACCCAUAUUGUCCAUACAGAUGCUCUGGUCCUGUUUGUACACAUUACACACAGGUUGUUUGGGCUACAAGUAGCAGAAUCGGUUGUGCAAUUAAUUUGUGUCAUAAUAUGAACAUCUGGGGGCAGAUUUGGCCAAAAGCAAUUUAUCUUGUAUGCAAUUAUUCUCCUAAAGGAAACUGGUGGGGUCAUGCUCCUUAUAAACCUGGCCGCCCCUGUUCUGCAUGUCCCCCUAGUUUUGGAGGAGGUUGUAGAGAAAAUCUUUGUUACAGAGAGGAUUCAGAAAGACCUUAUUCCCCCCACGAACCAGAAGAGGAAACUAAUGAGAUCGAACGUCAGAGAUCCAAAGCCCAGGAUGCAACUGUGCAAAGCUGGCCAAGAACACAUCAACCUUCAGCCUCCACAGGCACUGAUGACAGUGAGAAAAAUGAAGUAAUAAGCACACAGCAAAUGUCUCAGAUUGUUUCAUGUGAAGUAAGGCUAAGAGAUCAGUGCAAAGGAACAACUUGCAAUAGGUAUGAAUGUCCUGCUGGCUGUUUGGAUAGCAAAGCCAAAGUUAUUGGAAGUGUACAUUAUGAAAUGCAAUCCAGUAUUUGUAAAGCUGCCAUACAUUAUGGCAUCCUAGACAAUGAAGGUGGUUGGGUUGAUGUCACUAGGCAAGGCAGGAAAAAUUACUUCAUUAAGUCUUACAGAAAUGGCGUUCAGUCAAUUGGAAAAUACCAAUCUGCUAACUCCUUCACUGUCUCUAAAGUAACAGUUCAGGCUAUCACCUGUGAAACCACAGUGGAACAGCUGUGCCCAUUUCAAAAACCAGCCUCACACUGUCCAAGGGUGUAUUGUCCUCACAACUGUAUGCAGGCAAAUCCACACUACGCUCGUGUAAUUGGUACACGAAUUUAUUCUGAUAUCUCCAGUAUCUGCCGGGCAGCAGUGCACGCUGGUGUGGUCCGCAACCAGGGCGGUUAUGUUGAUGUUAUGCCAGUAGACAAAAGAAAGGUCUAUGUUGCUUCCUUUCAAAAUGGGAUAUAUUCAGAAAGGUACAGAGCCCAUUUGCAAAGAUUACACUUUACUCUUGACCUCAAUAAGGUUCACAGUCUUGCAUUGUGUCUGUUUGUACCUGAGGCAGUGCUAGAAGCCAAACAAACAGGCAACAAGGGGUGAUUUACAGAGCUUGUGUAACAGCUGUGGUGACUUUGGAGAAGCUGUGGUAGUGGAGCUGCCUGCCUCCUCUAAGCUCAUAAAACAUUACCCUGAAAAGCUGCUUAUGAAAUAAAGUAAACCUCUUGUUUGCUUUGCUGGUUCUGUAGCGACUAACACAAUAUUUGAUAAGAAAAUUGCCUUUACAUCCUUAGGGAUUUUUUAAAAAUUAACAUUAAUGAUGCAGUUUCAUUGGUUCCUGAUGAACUGUUCAUUAGUGAUUUACAUGGUAUUGAACCAGUGAUCCUGAAUCAUACUUAAUAGUCACAAACAUGAAAAUUCACAAUCAUUGAACCUUUUUUUUUAAUAAUUUGUUAACAGUGUUUUUCUGAAAGACAUGGAGAUGCUGUGAAAGUUCACUAGUUGUAUUGAGUGUAUUUGUGCACUGUAUGAUGAUAACACAUGGCUAAUAUGUUGCAGAUUAAAUUUAAUCCCUGAAAGGGUUCUCCAAGUUCUAAAGGAAGAAAGAGAAAUUACUUUAAAAACAUUGUACCACUCUUCUCAUCCUCUAAAGCUAAGAAUGUUUCUUAGACUAAAAAUGAUUGUUACCUAACCCAGACUAUAGUCUUUCUGAGAAAUCUGAGUGGGAAAAAACCUCAAAAAGUUUCUUUAGAAAACCCAGAAAUAGGAAAAUAUUGAGUAUUUUUGUCUUGCUUUUAAUUGGGGGUAGGGGAAUGUCUGCUCUCUUUCUCUCAGACCUUUCAACAAAUCUGGAAGCUUGUAAAAUACAGAUUUUCUUUACUCAAUGGAUGACUUAUUUCACAUAUUUUUUUACUUUUCUCUGUGAUCACCCAGUUUCCUUAGAGUGCUUCCCUACUAACACUUUUGCUCUCCAUAUAAAUCUUUUCGAGUAGAGAUGCAGACAGGAAGAAUGUUGCAAAUUUGAUCAUUAUUUAUACUUUAUAUCUAAUAUAUGUAUUAUAUAAUAUCUAUAAAUAUACAUUUUAAAAUAUGUAUAAAUGCACAUAUAUUUACACAUAAAUCAUCUUGGUAAAGUCUGGGAGGUCAGCAGUUUGGAGAAGAGUCCCAUGCAAGUUUUCUGUGAAGCAGAAGAUGAUGAAUUCUAAUGCUGUUGCAGCCAACCUGUUCCAUUGUGCCUUUCCUUGCUUUCACCUCCAUUUCCCUUUCCUUCCCAGAUAAUCUUCAGACAGGGUUUGCUAAAGAAAAAACAAUGGACCAUUAAAUAGGACAUGCUGGUCCAACUUAAGGCAAAAAUACUUAUCCUAUCAAAAUUUCAUUGGAGUUGGGUGUUUUUGUUUCUUUUCUUUUGAAGCCAGAUAUUUAUCCAUUCAGAAGGAAUUCCCUUUGUUUUUCUUAGAUGUUAGGUCUCUGUAGAAAUCUACGCUUCGUUGUAUAAGCAACUAACAAACAAGUAAUCUCUUGGGUCUGCAAGUUCUCUCCAAGUACAGUUGCUAGAAUAGUAAGCAUAAGAUGUAUGUUUUCUCUAUUUCCAAAACACUUUUUAUAUUUUGCUUCAAUUCCUUACACUAGAAUCUAGAAUCCCUCAUCACAAAGGAUUAUUUGAAUUUUUUUUAUAUUGUGAUUUGUUCCUAAUAAGAUGUUAGGGAAAAAAAAUCUGAAAUUUAUGUAGUUUUUAUUUGCAGCAGUUUUAAAGAAAUCCUAGAUAGCUAAAUUUAUGAGUUGUCACAAGAAGUGCUGCAGGAUACUAGAAUUAACAAUUAAAAUUUAAAAAAAGUUGUUACUGGAGUGUUACAGUCUUAAAAAUAACGUAAGCAAUGUUUUUAUG